AUGGUUCGAUUCACUGAAUUGCCACCGAUUGAGCUCGACUAUAAUCCGAAUGCGGUUAUGUUCCAUGUGCAACAUCGCAGCAAUGGAAAACCAUUUCGCGAAGCUAAAGCAAUUGCUAAAGAGUUGUUCGGAUUGACGAAUGAUCAGGAUGCUGAGAAUGUGGUUUAUAAUCAUGCCAUCAAGAUUGAGUACGUCCAAAAGGUGCUGUGCUCCGCUGAGCCGAUGACAGUCCCCGAGCUUCAAGGAGCUAUUAAUAGAGUGCUGGCUGCUCAGAACUAUAGCCCGAUGUUUAACACUGUUCAUGACUUGGAGGUUUUUUUGUACAAUUGCGACCCGAUUUUUUUGGUGGUCAAUGGUCGUGUGCAGAACACAUUCCACUCGCUUCGAGUGAUGGCCAACAAAGUUGCCAGUUAUAUCAUUCAAUACGGGCCGAUCACUUAUGACCGUCUUCUCAAUUUAGUUGAUGAAAUUUUUCCGCCGAGCUUCGACGCGUUUGAUAAGGAUUCGAAGGUGUUCGAACGCGAGUCGCUCGCAUGGGGAAGAUCGAUUUUUUCGAGUCGCCACUUUUAUCAAAUAAAUAACAUGUUCGGAUUGACGGAGGAAGGCAAAAAGUCGUUCGUGUUGCGCUCGGUGAUCUGCAUUCCGACGAUGCUCAGAAGCACUCAAUACGUCGACAAGAGUCGCGAAUUCGAAUUCGCUGCGAAUGUCAUCAAUAUUGGAAAGACUCACACCGUUGUUCGAAUAAUCAAUCACGGAUUCUUUUCGGGAUAUAUCGCAAUUUGCCCGACACCGGCGUACCUAAAAACCACAAAAAUCAUUGUGAACGUUCGCGUCAAUUUCGUCUAUUCAAACCGCUUUCAAUUCCAAGGAAUCAUAAUCGGCUUGGCGAAGGGCAUCAAACGCGAUGAGCCAUCUCGUCCAUUCCUUGUUCCGUCGCCAGAAGACUAUGAAGUUCCGGAGAAGCGCACAAUUGCCCAACACGCACAACGUGUGCGCUUGAUUCCUGUCAAAUAUGAGCCAUAUUAA